AUGCUGUUUAUUGCUGUUUGUGACAUCGAGGUCAGUUUUGUGGUUCGCUCCGCAGCCUGCAGGUGGACGGACAUGAAGGAUGGUCCGCACAGCGGCACAGGUCGCUCAGCCACAGUCAAGGUCCAGAGCUCACCGGCGGUGGAGUCAGGGACGACGGGAGCAGCUAGUGGUGCCUGGUCGCGCCAAUCGAUCGAAGACGCCGCUGAGGACAUGAAUUUUGACGGCGCCUACCCCGAGUCGGAUGCCGACGACGAGUACGAGCGCAGUCACCACGGCGAUCACUCCCCCGUCGGCGACUCUGAGGCUUCGCCCAUCGACUCGGAGCUCUCGUCAGCCCACACCACCUCGGCUGAACAUACGCCCACGACGUACGGCCACGGUGGGCGCAGCAGUGCCGACCGGUUACCCGAGACGAUCAUCACUGAGUGGACGGCGGACGAGUGCGCCGACUUCAUCUCCAGCAUAGGCCUGCAGCAGUAUGCGGAUCGCUUUCUGGAGAACGACAUUGUGGGCGAGGCCUUGGUGGCACUCCAUCACGAUGACUUGAAGAGCAUGGGCAUCGCCAGUGUCGGUCACCGACUUACGAUCCUGAAGAGCGUGUACGAUGUGAAGAAGGCGCAGGAUAUACCCUGCGAGAGCGAUCAUUAUAUGCCGUUGUCCGCUGAUGCCGAAGCACAAUAUGCCACGGCCACCCUCAAGGAUAUCAGGCAGCUAGUGGAACAGCUCAGGUUGCGAGACGAGCGCAUGAACCUCCUUGAGCAAGACCUUCGACGCAUGUCCGAAGACUGCAGACGGCUGCGGGAAGACAUGCUCCCAGCGCUGCGCCUCGUUAAAGACGCCCAGACACCUUUGCCCAACCUGAGCGGAAGCACCCCGAGCACAUCGUACAGCUACGACGGCUCGACGUUGUCGCCGCCUGUACCGACACCACCACCGGGCGGCAGCGGCGUGAAGCGCCAGUACUCGCAGCGCAAGAUCCUGAUCGGCGCGAUGCCGAAGAAUGCCUCACCUACGCAGGCAACCCACGAACGAACAAUCGCCGAGCAGACCCUCGACCCGACAGGCGCAGCCGAACGCGCCGUUCUCUCAUCGUCCCAUUUACACACCAUGAAUGGCUCUGGACAAACCGCCUCCUCGCCAGCUUACCCGUCACCAAACAUGCCAUCACCCACGUCACCUCAAACACACAUGAACACUCUUGGUUCAAGAUCAUAUCGAGGUGAAGCGCCGCCGUUGACGGCACGAAGCGAUGCCGACCAUGGGGGCUUCCCCCGGGGGCCCGGGUCCGUGCGUGUACCGCCUCAACGCCGCGAGACGCCCACCGUGCCCGACACACCCGGUGGUAGCAACAGCAGCAGCGCACGGGACAAUUCCGUCGAAAUCUUCCGCUCGUUCCGCGUGAGCAUGGAUGAUCCAUGUCACAAAGUCCUGCCAGCCGCUUUGAAGAAGUAUCAGAUCAACGCACCUUGGGACCAGUAUGCUCUGUAUAUUGUGUACGGAGACCAGGAGCGAUGUUUGGGUAUGGAUGAAAAGCCCCUGAUCUUGUUCAAACAGUUGGACAAGGAAGGCAAGAAACCCAUGUUUAUGCUGCGCAAAACGAACCAGGCCGCGGCCGGGGAGGGCGAAGGGAGCGGGAGCAGGGCUAUGGGCUACGAUCCGCCAGGUGGCAUUAUUUGA